AUGGCAUCCUUUUGGAAUGCCCCUGGGGCUAACGAGAACGAUGCCUGGGAAAGACACGAUAACUCAAUUUCAGUCCGACCUAAUGGAACUGGUCAUCAGGCGAGUCGCGACGAGUCAGCUGAUAACACAGAGGGAGAUAUGAUCGAGGACAUCUAUUACAUCAACAAUUUGAAUCAGACGGUUAUCGCGGCUUGGGACUUAGAUCGACCCGAGACCAAUGGCCAGAUGGAGGCCGUCCGGCCACGACAUACCGAAAGUCUGGGGUUGGGAGGUGAUCGGCGCAGCAAAGUAUCGCCCAUGCAUAUCCAACCAGGUGGUAAAUUUCGAGCCAUCUGCAAAUUGUUCAUGAGAUUUUCUCGGAACAAAAAGUAUGACUACAUCGGCACGGGAUGGCUCAUUGCCAAUGACAUCGUCGUCACUGCGGGCCAUUGUCUCUACGACAAUAACGGGGGAUACCUGGAAUCAAUCAAAGCGUACAUCGGGUAUCAAGGGCCUGAGGCCACGGCGUUGCAGCGCAAUCAGUGUGAGAUGAGAUUAGGUCGUAUCGCAGUCCUGCCGGUCAUGUACAUCAAGACAAGCCACACGCUGCAUGAUGUGGGAUUUAUCAAAUUAGACAGACCGUUUGAAAACGUGACGCCAUUUGUGCCCCAGGACACCCCUCGUGCUGCGUCCGGGAUCCGUCUGGGGGUGGUCGGCUACCCCGGCGAUAUCAACUCCGGCAAUGAUAUGUUCGAGCACUGGGAUAUAACCGAAAUAAACUUGUCCAAGGACAGAUAUCUGAGUUAUUCCAUUGAUACCGAGGUGGGCGAGUCCGGCUCUCCGGUCUUGCGAGAACUGGCAGGGACCACAAAGAUUGCUCCAAGUAAGUUUGAAGCCCCUAAAUUUCAUCAAGUGCUGAAUAUAACAAGCUCCGUGAGGAGCCAAGUACUGACUCGAGCGGUUGCAAUUGGUGUUCAUACCGAUGGAGGCUACCCGAACUCGGGCUCUGUCAUUGGGCCGCUGGGCAAUCUCUUCUCGGAAUAUACCGAGGCGCUGACGAUCAAGCAGACGCAGAAACUGUCACAAGGGGCUCGAAAGAUAGCAGCUACCAGGGUGCGCGGCACGCGUAGUCUUGAGUACAUCAGUUUGCCGGCUCGUCCAGUGCUACCAGGUUCUUUAGGAAAAGAAUCAGCACAUAAUCCCCACGACGAGCCUUGGGGGCAUGACGCACAGAAAUCAGACCUAUGGGCCCCACGGGAGCAUAAGGAGGCCGCAAGUACGGUCAGAGCCUUACAGGGAGAGAGAUCUGACUACAGCGGUCCUUACUCUGACCCGCAUAUCGCCGAAGCAGCCCGGGUGGUGCGAGAAUUGGAAGAAGCCGCGAGAAAGGCUCUGGCGCUGAUCAAGAACCACGUGGGAAACGGUGCGCAUGCUCGUGGGAGUGCCUCAAUCCCCUUACCAAAAGCCAAUCGAGACUACGAGCGGAUUUUCACAAACAAAAAGAAAUUUCAGGGCCAUAAAGAGAUGUGUACUCAGCUUCCUGCCAGCUUGGGACGUGGUGAAUAUAAAGAAAGUAGAGAGUCCCCGGGAACGAGUCCCGACGAGUUACUCCGCCAAGCUAAGGACAAAUUGAAUACCGAGCAAGACAUCAAGACAACCUUUUUUGUCAACUUUUCCCCCGCUCUAACCGGGGCGGCCCGCGAGAAUAUGAGCGCAGUUGUAGACAACGUCCGUGACUGGCAGUGUUGGGUAUACGGUCUCUCCAUGUCCAAAGUGCAAGAGCAGAUCAAUGCCGGGAAACUUUCGGCCGCUUCAACUGCAGUGGCCGAAGCAAAGAGAUCAACAUAUAAGAACAUGGUCUUCGACUAUGUCAUGCGAUCUUGUAACUGGAUAUCGCAAAAUUACGACGAGGUGCAGAGCAGAAACAUUGAAUGUUCUAAGCUUGAUCUUCACACCACUCUUCUCAAACACGUCCUCGAAGGUUUCAGCGUCCCUGGUAAUAUCAUGGGUAAGCUGCACAAAGCUCUGGACAGUAUCUCUCAAGGCAUCAUCUCCGUCGCGAAGGAAAAUGAUACUCAAUCUAUGCAGUAUUUCAUCAUGCUCACGCGAUAUGAGUACGAGCCAGCCUUGGAGAGAAUCCAUCCCGUUAUCCGAGUCAUCAGUUUCCGGACUGAUGCCACGCUCAAUACCUACAAUCUCAAUAAAAGCUCAUACAAGAGUGCGACCUUCAAAUUUGUGUUUCACCAGUACCAGUGUGACUUCAAUUACAGGCGGGGGGCCAUCUGGAGCCGAACCGUCGCAUACAGAAGUAAAACCGGUGGACUGCCUAUUGAAGGCAAAGAAACUGAGGCCGGAAAGCAACUGAAACUAUUGACGUCGCAACUAGAGGCGAGCGAGGCCAUCCGUCAGACCUUAGUCGCACGGGUUGGUCGAUUGCAGAGUCGAUUGCUUGACUUCGAUCCCUCGCUCAAGAUUGUUGGGUCGGGCGAGAUUGAUCUGAAUGACGAUGUCGCCUGGAAACAGGUUUCAAUGACUGUGGUCCACUCCCAAGACUACGAUUAUCCACUCUCAGGGCGUCUGCAGUUUCCACUCGGUGUCACCGAGCUUCAAUAUCAGGGUUAG